UUGCUUUUGAUAGUAUGUUAAUACAAACUGUCUUUUUAUCCAGACAGCUAUUUUUACAUGAGCAUGGCGAUGACUGAUAACGACACAUCAUCCCACAAUAACUCCCACAAUAACUACAUUCCUCAUUAUCUUCUAAAGGAUGACCCAUUUGCCUCCAAGCUAUCGAGAGGAGCUGAUGUUGCAGCUGCUUUCUACGUCAUUAUUAUAGGGAUCUUGUCAGCUGUUGGGAAUGGUUAUGUCAUUGUCAUGUCCUGGAAACGGAAGACAAAGUUAAAGCCUCCAGAGCUCCUGACAAUUAAUUUAGCUGCCUUUGAUUUAGGGAUUACAGUUGCAGGCAAACCAUUCUUUACAGUGUCCUGUUUUGCACAUCGCUGGAUGUUCGGAUGGGCUGGUUGCCGAUGGUACGGGUGGGCAGGGUUUUUCUUUGGCUGUGGAAGCUUAAUUACGAUGACAGCAAUCAGUCUGGAGAGAUACUUCAAAAUCUGCCACUUAACAUAUGGGACCUGGUUUACAAGGCAACAUGCUUUUGCCUGCUUGGGGUUCAUCUGGUUCUAUGCAGGAUUUUGGGCCACCAUGCCUAUGGCAGGAUGGGGAAACUACGCUCCUGAACCCUUUGGCACAUCUUGCACUUUGGACUGGUGGCUUGCACAAGCAUCAGUGGCUGGGCAGAGCUUUGUGUUGUGCAUGCUGUUCUUCUGUCUCAUAUUUCCUACAGCAGCAAUUGUGUUUUCAUAUGCACAAAUCAUUAAGAAAGUCAAAGCAUCUGCACAGGAGGUUGCCCACUUUGACACCAGAAAUCAGAACAGCCAUGUUCUGGAAAUGAAACUAACCAAGGUGGCAAUGUUGAUAUGUGCAGGAUUCCUGGUAGCCUGGAUCCCCUAUGCUGUUGUGUCAGUGUGGUCUGCCUUUGGGCAGCCUGACUCUGUUCCUAUCCCGGUGUCUGUGGUGCCCACCCUGCUGGCUAAAUCAGCAGCUAUGUACAACCCUAUGAUAUACCAAGUUAUUGAUUGCAAAAAUGAUUGUGCUAAAACAAGCUGUUUCGGAGCCUUCAAAAAAAGGAGAUUGUACAGGUCCAGGUUUUAUUCAACAACUGCAACAGGUAAAGGCGCCCCAGCUAUAGAAACCCGCAUAGAGAUAGAAAAACCUGAGUAAUGGAUUGUGUUUGCUGAAGAAGGUUGCUAUGUGCUUGUGCUCCUGAUCUGAAGUUAUAUUGGAUGUAUUACACAACAUUGUAAACAUGAACAGCAGCUGUUAUGUGUAUUCCCUGCUUUCUGCUGAUAUUCCAUGGCUCUCAGAACAAUACAUGGCAUUGUUUCGUAUCUGUAAACCAUCUUAAA